AUGGCUCGCUCGCAGACGCAGAUGACCCUGGAGGCGGCUGCUCGCAUCCAAGCAACACAGGUAGGCGCUUCUCAGCGACCUUUACCCAAGAUCAGCUUCUCAUAUGGAUUCGAACAGCGUCGGGAAGGGAGAGAACCUGGUUUUGCCACCCGUGCAAAGGCCGCAGCCAUCCGCAACACCCGAGCAGCGAGUCCUUCGUCCUUCAAAUCUCAUUCUACCACGUUGAAUCAAUUUUCUCCCUUGCUGGAGAACGGCAUUGCGCGCAACAUGUCAGGUGUCCCAAUUAUCCUCUGCGGUAAGACCGAGCAAAUCGGCACUGGAGUUAUCGAAAAUCUCAAGCCUGAGUACGAGGUCAUACACUUCGUCCUCACGGCCGAGGCUGGCGCAGAGGAGAUCCCCUGCGUUCUGCGGGGCCAGGCACCACCUACAAAGAGCAGUGGCCUGGGAAGCGGCGUUUAUGAUUCUCGUCCAAAGGCAAUCGUAUUUGGUGGUGGAUACGACGACGCUGCGGUUGACUUUGUCGCCCAAAGCGUAGCCGAUACAAGCAUUCCACUACUGAAGGCGGAUCUGAGUAUACCAGUGCCGCCUGUGGGGCCUGAAUAUGGAAAAAGGAUCCUAGAGAGAUGUAAGCACAAGCUGGAAGAACUCGAGAAGGAAGGAAAGCUCAACGGGUCUGAGAGCGGUAUAUUUCUUUACUAG